AUGGGAAGAAUAGGCAUGAGAGACAUUCAACGGUUUAAUCAAGCACUGUUUGCAAAACUGGCUUGGAGAAUAACCACUGUUCCUAACUGCCUAUUAGCUAGAGUUCUUAAAGGGAAGUACUGUCACAAAAAGAACUUCCUAGAGGUGGAGUUACCUUCUUCAUGCUCCCACGGGUGGCGCAGUGUACUUCAUGGUAGGAAUCUUCUACGGGAACACCUGGGCAAAGCAAUAGGCAACAGUCAAUCAACACGAGUUUGGAAAGACUCAUGGAUAUCUCUAGACACAGACAUCAAGCCAUUUAGACCAGUACAAAUAGACGCCCUAGACCUAAGGGUCUCCGAUCUGCUAACAGAUGAUCUCAAGUGGAAUACACAGAGAAUCAAUGAUUUCUUACCUCAGCUGAGUGAGCAAAUCCACCUCCUAAGACCUAGCUCCUUGGGAACUGAAGACAUCUUUGUGUGGCAACCGCUACAGUCAGGCAUCUACACAACAAAAUCUGGAUACAGGGCCUCCCUUCAAGCGCCAAGAGUUCCUCCUUCUCUUCCUAACAGUAUCACAAACGCCAGUGAGUUUAGUUGGGUUAAGGACAUCUGGAACUCGCAAUGUUCCCCAAAGCUCAGAGUCUUCCUAUGGUCUAUCGUAAGAAGAGCAAUCCCAGUGGGAGAAAACUUACGCAGUAGAGGAAUACUAUCAAAUGCGAACUGCUGCAGAUGUGGCUCUCUGGAAACGCCGGUCCACCUCUUCUUCCAAUGCUCCUUCGCUCAGAAAGUGUGGGAUCAGACACCACUCGCCAAUGCAAUUCCUAUAGCUACUACAGAUGACUUCAAAGCGGUGAUGAUAAAAUUCAGAAACGCUACUUGCCUCCCUCCAUCAGGUAUCUCGUCGACAAUACUCCCUUGGAUAUGUUGGGCCAUUUGGACAGCGAAGAACCGUCUGAUAUUUGAAGGAAAAAGCCAAACAGCGAGUGAGGUCAUGUUACGAGGACUAAUAGCAGCACGCGAAUGGAUCCAAGCACAAGCGCAUCGCCAACCCAUCAAACUCCCGGCUCUCCCAGCCCCCCAAGGAAAACAUGCAGAUCGAAGAAGGGCAGGUGCUACUUGCUUCACAGACGCAUCUUGGGACUCCACAUCAAAGAAGGCAGGAAUCGCCUGGAUCAUCACCGAAUCAACAGAAACACCUCCACGGGAAAGCUCUCUAUCCAUCGCCAAUGUCGCAUCUCCUCUCAUGGCGGAAGCGAUCGCGAUCAGAUCGGGAAUUCUGGCUGCAGCUGAUCUGGACAUCACAAACAUCAGCUUCUUCUCAGAUUGUCAAACGCUCAUCAGAGCUAUCAAUAACAAACUCCACAUCAAAGAACUCUUCGGUAUCAUCUCUGAUAUCAAGCAGCUUUCUUCGGCAUUUGUUUCUAUUUCUUUCUGCUUUAUUCCUCGACCCGAAAACUGUAAAGCCGAUGAGUUGGCUAAACGGGCUCUUCGCUUCCGUGUUUUAUUUGUCUGA